CCAAAACUCACGAGGAAUCACAGCACUGGUCGAAUUUGUUUUCGUCUUUAAUGAUAUGAUAACGAAUUAGUGGAUAACAACCCGCAGAUGUGAACUCCUGGAACAAUAGAAACCAUGGGGAGCUAUGAGAAACUAGAGGACAAUGCCCGGGGUCGGGAUAUCGAUGAGUUAUCCGUCCGAGGACACCGGAUUUCCGGCCUGCAAACUAUAAUCUGCUGGACCGUUUUGUUGUCGCUUUUGCUGUGCCUUUCGAUCGGAUUUAUCAGCCUGGGGCUACAAGGACUCCAAUCCCAGAGAUCAGAGCCAGUGGAUCAGCGAUUGGUGUGCUACUAUGCCAGCGAUGGCACUCAAAAUCUCAGCCUUCUCGAUGUACCCGGCGAUCUGUGCACCCACAUUAAUAUCGGACCGGCCAAUUUGGAUAAUGCCACCAUCGUUCUUCCGGACUCCCUGAUCCAGGUGCUGCAAAACGACAGCCGAUCUUUUCGAGCCGCCCAUCCACAGGUUCACCUGCUCCUCUGGAUCGGUGGAGCCGAUAGCGGACGCCAGUUCGCCCGCAUGGUGGUGAAUCACGCAAUGCGGAAGGUGUUCCUGCAGUCCCUCCGCCAAAUACUGCGCACCUAUCCAAGUAUGGAUGGCAUCGAUCUGGACUGGGAGUUCCCGAGUGCCUACGACCGCGAGCGGAUGCAUCUCUCGCAGUUGCUCUACGAGAUUCGAACGGAAUGGAGGCGGGAAAAGCGCACAAACAACAUACUCUCACUGGCGGUCGCUGCCCCCGAGGGAAUCGCCUUGUAUGCCUACGACAUCCGGGAACUGAAUAUGUAUGCGGACUAUGUGAAUCUGAUGGCCUACGAUUUCCACUUUUACCGCCAGGACACUCCCUUCACGGGCUUGAAUGCACCACUCUAUGCUCGUUCGCAGGAACGCUCGCUGAUGGCCACAUUCAACAUUAACUACACGGUCCAGUGGUGGCUGAAGAGCGGUCUGGAGCCACAUCGACUGGUGGUGGGCCUGCCCACCUACGGACACUCCUUCACUUUGGUGAGCCCACUAAAUCGAAGGAUCGGAGCACCAGCUUCGGGCUUUGGCAAAUGCGGCCAACUGGGCUUCACCACGCUAUCGGAAACCUGCGAGUGUGCUGCGAAGUACAUCGAACCCACCUUUGCCUACGAUGCCGAGACCUGUUCGCCGUAUUUGAGCGCCCUGCAAGAAUGGAUCUCGUACGAAAACCAAACGAGCAUUGUCUGCAAGGCCAACUACGUCAAGUCCUUGAGUCUGGGAGGCGUGAUGGUUUUCUCUUUAAACACCGACGACCUCAAGAAUUCGUGCAGCUAUUUACCAAACUCGAAGUACAACCAAAAGCCCGUGUUCCCGCUUACGCAGGCCAUCAGGGAAAUCCUGCGGAACUCGCUGUGAUUAUUCUGUAUUAAAUGAUAUUUGAUUUAUUUGCAAGAGGCUGCUGCAGGCGCCUGGCAAACUGCUCGGAACAGAAACAGUUUUGUACAUAGUCAUAGACGAUAACUUGUUGUAUAUAUAAGUAUAAAUUAAAUUAUCACAAUCGAUCAAUUCAUAAUAUAACUAGAAGAUGUCAACGUA